GUUUCCAGGGCUUCAGGAAACCGGAAGCGUGGAUGGCACGAGGCGAGUUUCUCCUGCACUUUGCUUCUGUUCCUGAUUCUCUGUCUUGUUUCCUGCCUGGAUGGGAGAGAAUAAGAAAUAUUUCUAAGAAACGGGCUGUAUCGAUGUCAUUUUCGAUGUCUGCUCCUCUCCGCAAAAUUUGCAGACUAUAGUCCUUGGAAGAACACAUGCAUGUGCAUCCUCAGUGUUCCAUUCGGCAUCGAGUCACUUCUGUUAUUCUUUUUAUCUGACCGGAAGAAAAAGUCAUGGCCGUGUCUUCCCUGAUUUGCUCUGAAACUAUAAGCAGGGUGAGCUCCGUCCUCAACCGAGAGGUGAAGCAAUUUGGAAAGAAGUACAUGUUUGACGGAAAUGAAGAAACCUGUUGGAAUUCAGACCAGGGUGCCAUCCAGUGGCUGAUAUUGGAAUUUCCUCAGACCAUCCAGGCGUCUCAAAUUCAGAUUCAGUUUCAGGGGGGAUUUGCAAGCCGAAAAUGCAUUCUGCAAGGUAAAAAACUCACCACAGUUAAAAAUGCAUGUCCUUGCCCAGUCUUCUUCUAUUUGAGAGACAGAGCUUCCCGUUCAAGGCAGAACCCCUGGAUAAACUGAAAAUUACUUUUCAAAACAGCUCGGAUUUCUUUGGGCGAAUUAUCGUCUACCGUCUCGACCUCCUUGGGCAGAAGCUUUGAUAGAGGAGGAAGCAAGAGCUGAAGGAUUUGUCGAAAUGGCAAACUUUGAUAGAGGAAGAAGCAAGAGCUGAAGGAUUUGUCGAAAUGGCAAACUAAACACCAGUCUGGGAUUUCUUAAGAUGGUGUGAACUAGACUUGGCUGCUUUCCGUUUGGUGCUUCGAAAGCAAAUGAACGUCCUCCCCAUUUUUCUCCUAUUUCAGGAGCACUUUGAACAGCUGGAAAGAAAAGAAUUUCUCUCUUAGAUGUGUAAUUAGAGGUUUCAUUAAAGAAAAACUACAUUUUCCAUGCUGAAAGGAAAGGACCUCUAGUUCUAAUUUGAACAUAUGGGCUAGUACAGAUACUGUAGUCCUUGACUUACAAUUUACUCAAUUACAGUAUCACUGAAAAAAAAAUGAUUUACAACGGGUCCUUGCACAUGACUGUCACAAUGUCCCUACAAUCACAUGAUCAGAAUCCAGAUGUUCAGCAAACCACAUCUAUUUACAAUGGUUGCAGCAUUUUUGGGGUCACUUGAUUGCCAUUUGCGACCUUUGGAGGGACUUCUGACAAGAUGGGCGGCACAUAAAUCCAAUUAAUAAAUCCAAUUAAUAAAUGAGUGUACUGUAGGUAUGUAUCUCAAUGGGGAAGCCAUAUUUGCUUGAUGACCACAGCAAAAAUGUCUGUAAAAUCAGGCAGGAUUCAUUUAACAAUGGAGGUUCCGGGCCCAAUUGUGGUAGGUCAAGGACUACUUUACUCCUUUCUAGCCAUCCCUGCUAAGCAGUGGUUUAUGAAACACACACGCAGGCCAAGAAUUAAACUUGUGUUCUGCAGCUUGCAAAACUCACGAUUUGUCUCUGAGCUACACCCUUCUCAGCCAGAAUCCCCCAAAAGGCUGCACCCAAAGUGUGGGGUGUGGUGUCAUGGCGAGCUCAGAUUCUGACACCAAUAAUUAGCAGCCUGCUCCAAAGGAACAACCGCCUGAGGAUCUGCAAGCAGCUGCUGUCAGCCUCUGAAGGUGAGUCUGGAGCUGCCACCUCCAUCCAAGGCGCCAGGGCUGCCCACACAGAGGAGAGAGCAGAGCCCGUGCCUUAUGCUCACAUUCUGCCCGAUGCCUGGACCCUUGUUUUUAAAGGCAAUAAUAAAUCAUGCCAUUUAUAAAGCCUUA